ACAUUGCCGGCAGCUUACUUGUGAUAGCCUACGUUUCUUGUGUUUUCGGCGCUGCAGAAGCUUUUGGAGCGUCAUUCUUAUGAAUUACACACAGAGCAGGAGGCGUCUCUUUACAUUUAGUUGUAUUAUCUGUGUUGAGAGGACGAUGCCUUUGAGGACCGGACUUUUUCUCCUGAUGGUGCUGAACGCAUCUGCAUAUGAACUGGAUCAAAACGAGUCUUAUUCGCCCAGGAGAACACGCUUUUCUGCCAAUAGCCCUUCAGAUGUGGCACGCUGUCUCAACAGUGCCCUCCAAGUUGGCUGUGGAGCCUUCGCCUGCCUGGAAAACUCAACUUGUGACACAGAUGGCAUGCAUGACAUCUGCAAGUCCUUCCUUUACAGUGCUGCUAAAUUUGACACUCAGGGUAAAGCAUUUGUGAAGGAGAGCCUUAAGUGCAUUGCCAAUGGCAUCACCGCGAAGGCAUUCCCCACCAUCCGCCGCUGCUCCACCUUCCAAAGAAUGAUAUCUGAAGUCCAAGAGGAGUGUUACAGCAAGCUGGACAUCUGCACUGUGGCCCGAUCGAAUCCAGAUGCUAUUGGCGAAGUGGCACAGCUACCAAGUCACUUCCCCAAUAGGUUUUACGGUAAGCUGCUACAGAGCCUCAUGGACUGUGAUGAGGACACAGUGGACCGCGUUAGGACCAGCAUGGUGUCGCGGCUAGGCCCAGAGAUGACCAUGCUUAUUCAGCUGCUGCAGAACAAGCCCUGCCCAUCCACUGCUGUGGCUGCAGCUGCCGCCAUCCCAACUGGAGUGGAGGGCCGUGGGAGUUGGCGCUGGUCCAUGGGUCCCCAUAUGUACAAGAUCCAGCCUAAUCUGCGAAACAGAGACUCUGCCAGUCAUUUUGGCAAAAAACGCUCGGCCAGUGACAGCUCCUAACUUCCACUCAGAUUCAGAAACUCCACACUCCUCAAAACAUCAUGAAAGCUCCUCUAUUCCCUAGGGGUGAUAGAAAUCCACUCCUCCGCUAGACUGGAAGUUACAGAAAUAUGCACCUCUAGGGAAUGCCGGAACGCCCAUAGAGUUGAUAUCAGAGUUUGAUUGUUGUUCUAUUGUAUAUCCUACACUUUAGGCUUGAGAGAAACCCCCUUUCCAUCGAGUCCGCUCACAGUUAGUGUUGAACAUGUGGCUGUUGCAUCUGUGCGACAUGGUCCUGUUCACUCCUCGUCACCUCCUCCAACAGAGAUGAAUCCUUAAGAAGAUGCCAAGCAAAAAAAAAAGUUUAAAAAAAACAAAACAAAAAAAAACAGCCAUAGUGGUUCGCACCUCUAGAGCACAAGUUCAUACUUUAAAAGACAAAUCUCAUAAUCUCGAUAUUCGUUCAUGAAUAGAAA